CUUCUCUCUUCUCCCCCGAUUUCAUCUCAACUUGAACUAUUCUUGCAUUUAAUUUUUAAUGCCACAUGUAGAGUUGGCUCACUCCCAUUCUCCCCCUCUCUCUCCCCUCAUCUCUCCCUCUCUCUCUUUACUCUCUGCUCCUCUCUUCACCACCUGUUAGUCUCCCUGUCCUCUCCGCACUGGGAUCCCCCCUUUUUUUAUGAGGAGUUUCACACUUGCGUUAUCACUGAGCCCUAUGACUGUGCGAAAAGGGAAACGUUUAGGCAUCUCCAUCCAGGAGCACAUGGCCAUCGACGUCUGCCCGGGCCCCAUCCGGCCCAUCCGGCAAAUCUCAGCUUACUUCCCUCGCCUCUCGCCCACUUCUUCCUUCUCUGAGCCACUUUCGCCAAAUCAGCUGGCGGCUCCCACCUCGCUCAGCCCCGGCAGCGCAGGUCAAGGUGGAGGGGCAGUGGGCGGCGGAGGAGGCGGCGGAGGAGGCGGUGGGAGUAGCGGCCUGUUGUCCCCGUUGUUACCAGGGGGAGCGGGCGGAGGCGGCUCGCUAUCAGCCAUGAGCAGCAUGGACACCUCCAUCGAGAUUGACAGCUGUGACAGUGAUGAUAACACCUCCCUGGGGACUUUAGAGUUUGAUCUCCUGUACGAGCGAGCCACCAGCUCCUUACACUGCACAGUCCUGAGAGCAAAGGGUCUGAAACCGAUGGAUUUCAACGGUUUGGCAGAUCCUUACGUCAAGCUGCACCUUCUCCCAGGAGCUUGCAAGGCCAAUAAACUGAAAACCAAGACCGUGCGCAACACGCUGAACCCUUCGUGGAACGAGACGCUCACCUACUGUGGAAUCACUGAGGAAGACAUGUACCGCAAAACACUCCGGGUGUCCGUGUGCGACGAAGACAAGCUGACACAUAAUGAGUUCAUCGGGGAGUCGCGGGUGGCCCUGCGUCGUGUGAAGCCUGACCAGACCAAACACUUCAACAUCUGUCUGGAGCAUCCACCUCCUCUGCCGUCACCGACCGCGAUGAGCUCAGCCCUGAGAGGAAUCUCCUGUUACCUGAGAGAG